UAAAACUGCUUGGUUUUCCUGCUAACUGAAUUCUUGUUUCUUAAAUCUUGACUUGUUUGUGGUUUAAGGACUCUACACUGUACUAUCCACUUUAUCCAAAACAUCUGGAAGUUGCAAGGAAAAAGUUAUUCUGAAAUCUUGAUAUGGAUGUCACAGAAUUCCGGAAAAGAGGAAAAGAGAUGGUGGACUAUGUUGCGGAUUAUCUUGAGAAAAUAGAGAAGAGACAGGUCUAUCCUGAUGUGGAGCCAGGCUACCUGAGGCCCCUCAUCCCAGAUUCUGCUCCUGAAGAACCUGAGAGAUUUGAAGAUAUCCUUAAAGAUGUUGAAAACAUUAUUAUGCCUGGGGUGACUCAUUGGCAUAGUCCCUACUUCUUUGCCUACUUCCCAACUGCCAACUCUUUCCCAGCUCUUCUGGCUGACAUGCUGUCUGGGGGCAUAGGAUGCAUUGGAUUUUCAUGGGCAUCAAGUCCAGCUUGCACAGAGCUAGAAACAGUCAUGUUGGAUUGGCUAGGGAAGAUGAUCAAUUUGCCUCCACCAUUUUUGGCUGGGAAGGAUGGAGAGGGAGGUGGAGUGAUCCAGAGUACUGCCAGUGAAGCUACCUUGGUUGCGCUGCUUGCAGCUAGAACCAAAGCAAUCGAUCGUGUCCAAUCAGAAAAUGCAAAACUCACUCAGGGAGAUAUCAUUGGUCAACUGGUGGCUUAUACCUCUGAUCAAGCUCAUUCAUCAGUUGAAAAGGAUGGCUUGAUUGCUGGAGUUAAAAUUAAGCAGAUCGCCACAGAUGACACAUUUGCUGUAUGUGGGUCAGCCCUAAGGGAAGUAAUAGACAAAGAUAAAGCUGCUGGUCUGAUUCCAUUCUUUUUUUGUGCAACGCUUGGAACCACAACAUGCUGCUCCUUUGAUAAACUGUUAGAACUGGGUCCUAUUUGUAAUGAGGAGAAUAUUUGGAUGCAUAUUGAUGCAGCCUAUGCUGGGAGUUCAUUCAUCUGCCCUGAAUUCCGCUACCUUUUAAAUGGAGUGGAGUUUGCAGAUUCAUUUAACUUUAACCCACACAAAUGGCUCCUAGUGAACUUUGACUGCUCUACUAUGUGGGUGAAGAAGAGAGCAGAUUUAACGUGUGCCUUUAAAAUAGAUCCUGUUUAUCUGAAGCAUGACCAUCAGGAAUCUGGACUUAUUACAGAUUAUAGGCACUGGCAGAUUCCUUUAGGCCGGCGAUUCCGUUCCUUGAAAAUGUGGUUUGUGUUUCGAAUGUAUGGUGUGAAAGGACUACAAGAGUACAUCCGCAAGCAUGUUAGGCUAGCACAUGAAUUUAAGGACUUAGUGCUUCAGGAUGAUCGAUUUGAGAUCUGUGCUGAUGUCAUACUGGGACUGGUGUGCUUCCGACUAAAGGGUACUAAUGACCUUAAUGAAGCUCUUCUCAAAAGCAUAAACGAUGCCAGGAAGAUUCAUCUUGUUCCAUGCCACCUUAAGGGGAAAUUUGUGCUGCGUUUUGCAAUUUGUGCCCGCACAGUAGAGUUUGCCCAUGUUCAGUUUGCCUGGAAGCACAUCACAAAGCUGGCAAAUGAACUUUUGAAAGCACAGAAGCAGCAAAAGUAAUGGCUAAAAGUACAGGAUUUGAUUCACUUGAAGAUUUAAGGAAUGAUGGACAAACUAGUAAUUAAUUAUUUUGUUUCCUGGCAUGUCUCAUACUUGCAAAACUACCAUCUGUAAACUGUGCUGUAAUGCAGUAUGUAGCUAAAAACACAAGAAUUGCUUUGCCUGCCCAGACCAAGAUCCUUCUGACUAAGCAUUCUGUUCCUGACAGUGGCCAACUACAUGCCUCUGAAGGCCUCCAACCAAGCCACAAUGAGGGUAUUCUGUUAUUUGUGCCCAGCAUCUGAUAUGCAGUGGUAUACUGGUUUUAUACAUAGCAGUUCCAUUUAACAAUCAAGGCUAAUAUUUUUUUAUAAACCUGCCCUCCAUGAAUUUGUCUUACUUUUUUUUCUUUUUAAGCCAUCUAAGCCAGUGGCCAUCACCGUAUCUUGUGGUAGGUGGAAUUAGUACACAUCCUUUGUUGUAAGCCACUUUGAGCACAAUCAUUUGUGGAAAUAAAAUGAUGAUCAAAACCAGACAAUAUUAAAAUUUUAGAUAUUAAAAAACAAACAACACAUAUUUUGUGAAAGUUGUAAGAGGAAGUAGUAAGAAAAGAAGAGAAAUGGUAUUGUAUUAUAGCUAGUAGUGUUAAGACUGGAAAUUAAUAAUAUUUGGAAAACUAUCCUUUUGGUUUGUGAAACACACUUAAUUAUUAGUUUUUCCAAGCUAUUGGGAUCAGUCACUAUAUUUUUUACAUUUUCAGGAUUUGGGAUUCCUGAGGGUUGCUACCCUGAAUGAGUAAUCAUUGCUUACUUCUACUCAGCUCACUCCCAUCUACUUGAAUCCUGAAUCCCAUCUAUCACUACAGAUACUGAUUAUGAAAUGUUUCCAGUGUCACUUGUUCCGAAAAACAAAACGAUCUCUAGUCUUUUUUCUUUGUUCUCAGUUUGCUAGUUCCUGCAUCCUCUGAUGAAUUCCUUGAUGAUGUAAACAAAAACUGAUGCAAAUUAAGGGGUAGUUAUCCCAGGAACCUUUCUUGGAUAAACAAAUCCUUCUGGAUCAUAUCAUUCCCCCCCAUUAACAUGGUAAUUUUGCUAGUAUGAACAAAUAUGUGAUGACACAUACAAAAUCCAAGUGAAGAAAGUAUUAAUUCACUAAUAGGCAAAAAACCAUUGCGGUUUAAGAACAUACCUGUAGCCCACAGCUAUUUCUAUCAAACUUUAAAAAGCAGGGAAAUUGGGCAGCUCUAGUGAAUGCACCAGGGGAGCAGGAGACCUGACCUCCUCUCUGAGAUAUUGGACUGCCCUACAAAUUGGUCAAAAUGCAACCACCAUUUGGGUUGGUCUUCCACAGUCCAAUCCACUUCCUGCUGCCAUCUCCAAAGAUGAAGAAUAUUUUUGUAUGUUUUGUAUGAUUGUUGGUGUUCUUCUUACUUUGUUUCUUUCCUGUGUUACUAAUGUUUCUACAUAGAUCUAAUCUAGAAAAUUUUAUUUCCCUCAUUAUUCAUCCUAGAAAACUCUGUCAAAUUUAUUUUUAUUAAUUUCAAAGCCUUUUUAUUAGUCAAUGUCAUAUGAUGCUGAAGACAGCCUUUUGUGUUUCAAAUUGAACGUUAUGCUCUAUUUCUAUUUUGGGUGCAUUAACGGUUGAAUCUGAAACUGCAGUCUGAUGUAAAAUCAGACUGAUUACAGAGCUAGUGUGGCGUAGUGGUUAAGGUGUUGGACGACGACCUGGGAGACCACGGUUCAAAUCCCCACACAGCCAUGAAACUCACUGGAUGACCUUCAGCCAGUCACUGCCUCUCAACCUCAUGAAAACCCUAUUCAUAGGGUCACCAUAAGUUGGAAUCGACUUGAAGGCAGUACAUUUACAUUUUUACAAUAUGUUGCUCCUUCAGCAAUGACUCUAGCUGUUGGAAAAAAGGGGAUGCAUGUUUCCAGUGUGCUAUGUUUAAACCACUUCAUUUAAGGCAAGGUGGGCAUAGUCAAUUAAAAACAUAGAGCACACCUAGAAUUUUGCUAGAAUAUAUUUCACCCCCCACUGUUUUAUCUUGUGCAAACUGAGACACUCCUGAUGUCCACUGGAGACUAUUCUGCAGAAUAGUCAGUGCCAUUAUUCCACAAUUAUCUUUUGAGGUUUUUUUAGUGUAAAUUUUGAGUGUUGCUGUACUUCACAUAUUCACAGAAAUAAAAACAAAAGAAAAUGAUUUCCUAUAGGAAACUUCAUUAAAAUGCAAAGUAAAUCAGACAUAUUUAAAGUGAUCAUCUGAACUAUAUCAACUGUCUUAAUAAUAUUGCUUCCUUCCUGCUAAAACAAGAUCAGCACAGUGCAUGUCUUCUUUCUAUUAUUUGGGCUGAUUCCUAAACCACAAGGUUUUUUGUCUGUUAGUGAAUUUCUCUGCUUUUUAAUCCGGGAGGUAAGAAAUGGGAUCCUGUGCAAGGAGAGUGGAUUGAUCAUUUUCAUGCUUAUUGAGUUCAGUGGGAUUUACUCCCCUGUAAUCAUGCUUAGGAUAGGCGAAACUGACCA